CUAGUGGCGCCGUAUAGCUACCAUAGCUAAGCUCCCCCGCCACCCACUGUUGCACGACACAACACCACCGCCGACCAUGGGCACCGCACUCAAGAGCUGGGAGCUCGAGAACUCGGUGCAGCUCGUCGACCCCACCAAAGACGCCCUCUACGCAUACUCGGCGCCCGCGCAAAAGGCGCUCGACAACGCGCACCCAUGGCGCGCCGACCCGCACUACUUCACGUCGGUGCGCAUCUCGGCCGUGGCGCUGCUCAAGAUGGUCAUGCACGCGCGCUCGGGCGGCUCGCUCGAGGUCAUGGGCUUGAUGAUGGGCAAGAUUGAGGCCCACACGUUUGUCGUCACCGACGCCUUCCGCCUGCCCGUCGAGGGCACCGAGACGCGCGUCAACGCCCAGGACGAGGCCAACGAGUACAUGGUCGAGUUCCUGCAGCGCGCCCGCGACCAGGGCCAGCUCGACAACGCCGUCGGCUGGUACCAUAGCCACCCGGGCUACGGCUGCUGGCUGUCGGGCAUCGACGUCAACACCCAGAAGACCCAGCAGCAGUUCUCCGACCCCUUCUGCGCCGUCGUCAUCGACCCCGACCGCACCGUGUCCGCCGGCAAGGUCGAGAUCGGCGGCUUCCGCACCUUCCCCGACACCUACGUGCAGGACAAGGAGAAGGGCGCCACCAUGCGCAACGGCGCCGCCGGCGUCGAGACCGACGGCUUCCAGACCAUCCCGCUGGGCAAGAUCGAGGACUUUGGCGCCCACGCCAACCACUACUACCCGCUCGACGUCUCGCACUACAAGUCGACGCUGGACGCCAAGCUGCUCGAGGCCCUGUGGAACAAGUACUGGGUGCAGACUCUCUCCGCGUCGCCGCUGACGGCCAACCGCGAGUACGGCACCAACCAGAUCAGCGAUCUGGCCCGCAAGAUGCAGCAGGAGGCCGGCAACAAGCGCUUCAAGGGCGCCCCCGCACCCUUCUCCAGCGAGCACAAGAAGGACCCGCUGCCCCGGUUGGGCGCCGCCGCCAGCAAGAUCGCGCGGGAGGAGGAGAUGGGGCUGCUCGCCGCCAAGGUCAAGGACCAGGUCUUCAACUUCAACAGCGCCGCGCAGCCGCCGCCGGACAGCCAGGAGGUCGAGAUGAAGAGCUGAGCUCGCCCAGUGUGACACUUGACGACGUUACGAUAUGACCCUCGCGGUACGAGCAUGGGCGGGCGUUUGGCGCAUACACGGUCGAGCAGACGGUCGCUGCCUGCGACACAUGAAACAUGGCAGCGGGACAGGUCGCUCGGUGUGCAUCUGCAGCAUUGGCUGCUACAUAGAUAUAUGAAGAGCUCGUAACAAUGCUUGACACGCUUGACAUGACGC